AAAGUUUCAGCGUGCAAUUUGCUAGUUUAUAUUUUAACACAAAUUAAUAAAAUCAAGAAAGUUACACCGAAUGUAUUCAAAUUAAAGCAUUCGUUAACUACUUACUUGUCUAACUAUGUUUGUCUAAUUGUUAUUUAGAUUAGAAUUUAAAUUAUUUUUUUCAAUAUGUACAGAAAUAUGUUUUCUAACCCGGGCUCCAUUCAUGAUUUUCUUCUUAAAAACAAUUACAUUAAUAAAAUAUAUGAUGCUCUUAAGAAUGAAGAUUUAUCUGAAGUUGUAAUGGUAACAAAGAAGAUUAUUGAAACGACUCAAGAAUUAGAUCCAUUAAGCAAAAUCUCAAAAUGUAAAGAAACAUCUGAAAAAUAUCGAGAAAUGGGCAAUAAGGCAUAUAAUAGCAAUAAUUAUCAACACUGUUUGAUGUUUUACAACCAAGCUCUACUUCAUGCACCUAAUAAAUCAAAAGAAUUUAAAUUAGCCUUGAGUAAUAGAUCUGCGUUGUUUUUAAAAUUGAAAGAAUAUAGGGCGUGCAUUAAAGACAUAAGCACAUGUCUUCUAUCCGAAUGCCCCCCUGAAAUUAUUGGUAAAUUAAAUAAGAGGAUGGAGACAGCAACUAAGCUUAUUAAAUCUGAAGAAUUAAAAACAUUCAAUAAAAGUGUAGAAAUUUCUAUAAAUUGUGACAUAACUAGUAACAUCCAAGUACCAUGUGCUAGUACAGAUGUUACGUUCACGGGAUCAGUCUUGCCUAAAGUUUUAGCUUCAAAAGAAAUCAAAGUUGGGACAGUAGUUGCAUAUGAAAAAGCAUAUGUGAGUUAUACUGAUCCUUUAAAUGCCUUAUUUGCAUGCCAUUAUUGUCAAAGACAAUCAUUAAAUUUAAUCCCAUGCAAUAAUUGCACUGUUGCAUUUUAUUGUGAUCAAGAAUGCAAACUUCAAUGUUUUACUGAAUAUCAUAAAUAUGAGUGUUACUUGAUGGAUGCUUAUAAAAUUGUUUGUCCAAAUGCUAAGUUAUAUUUAAUGAUAAAGAGUCUUUUGAAAUUGACAACAAAGUGUAAUUCGUGGACAGAAUUAAUAAGAGAGUCUCAAAAUAUGGGGCUAGAGCGAAUGAAAAAGAGCUCGAUUGAGGAAAUUUUUGAUCGCAACAGCAUAUUCUCUGUCCUUAACAUAAAAGAUGACCGGCCAUUCAUUUACGGUUCUCUUUAUAAUACUAGUUUUAUAUGUGGGGUAUUACUUCAUUAUAUGGAAUGUAUACCAUCAUUCUUUCCAACUGAUUCAAAUCUUAAGCAACAAGCAAUGAGGGCUGUUAGUCGUAUCAUGCUUUUUCUUUGUAUACAUCAGGUUCCACAACAAUCAUUCCAAGUUGUAACCAACGUAACUGAUGGACUAUCAUAUAUUCAUCAAGUUAAAAAUUAUAGCAUAUACUCUUUCAUUGGGAAAUUGAAAACUUCAUGCAAUCCAAAUUCAUUUCUUAUCAACAAUAAUAGUAAAAUGAUAUUGCUUGCAAUUCGAACAAUUAAAUCUGGGGAAGAAUUAACAAUUUCCAGCCAGCAGCAUUGGCUUGAUGGUGACUUAGGGAGACAUAGUCGUAACAUCAAUAGCUAUUUGUGCUCUGGUACUGUUUGUGACUGUCCUAUAAGCAAUGGAGAAGGAUCAUUGAGAUGCAAAGGACAGUUGUCAAAAUCUCAACGGGUCUUCUACAAUAGUUUAAAUGUUAUUGAAUUUCAUGCUAAGUUAAAGUUGAGUGAUGUAACUGAAGUCUUUAAUUAUCUGCUAGAAAUAAUGGAUGUUCUACAAGAUGUACCAUAUUCAGAGGAAUAUGAUGAAAUAUUUAAACGAUUCAGAAAAUGUAUUUUUUAUUUUGAGGCCCUUAAAGGAAAUAAUGUGACUCUUGAGAAAAUAAGCUUCUCCUCCUCUGGGACUCGCACGGGUCGCUGCAUAGACCAUUCAUAUUGAAGUACAAACAUGC